AAUCUGGCAACCCUAGAUACCAUAGUAGAGGAUGAGACACCGUCCGGGGAGCUGCACUGAGAAGUCGUCUGAACACGAUUAGCACAGGAUGGCUGGAAACGCGUGGAGGUCAACGCUCCUAAAACUUCUCGAGAGAUGCGGCGUGCGGAUAAGUGAGGCGCGCUCGGCUCCGGAAAUUUGUGAAACUACACCCCUCAUUUUACACCAGGUGUCCCGUGUAAUGGGAGUCAUAAAGACUCAGAGCCCACAGCCGAGAACGUUCUCCAGAGGCAUUAAAACUGUAACGUUAAUUCCUGGAGAUGGAAUCGGUCCAGAGAUCUCCACUGCAGUAAUGAAGAUAUUUGAAGCAGCUAAGGCCCCUAUUCAAUGGGAAGAGAGAAACGUCACCGCCAUCAAAGGACCUGGAGGCAGGUGGAUGAUCCCUCCUGAGGCCAAAGAGUCGAUGGACAAAAACAAAAUUGGAUUAAAAGGACCACUGAAAACACCAAUUGCUGCUGGACACCCGUCCAUGAACCUGCUGCUAAGGAAGACCUUUGACCUGUAUGCUAAUGUGCGUCCUUGUGUGUCAAUCGAGGGCUAUAAGACGCCUUACACUGAUGUGGAUCUGGUCACCAUCAGAGAAAACACGGAAGGAGAGUACAGUGGGAUUGAACAUUUGAUUGUGGAUGGAGUUGUGCAGAGUAUUAAACUGAUCACAGGGGAGGCCAGCAGGCGCAUCGCUGAGUAUGCAUUUGAGUACGCCAGGAAUAACCAAAGAGCCAGUGUCACGGCCGUUCACAAAGCCAACAUCAUGCGAAUGUCCGACGGUCUGUUCCUGAGGAAGUGCAGAGAGGUUGCUGAGAAUUACAAGGACGUGAAAUUCACUGAGAUGUAUCUGGAUACAGUCUGUCUCAAUAUGGUGCAAGAUCCCUCUCAGUUUGAUGUACUGGUAAUGCCUAAUCUUUAUGGCGACAUCUUGAGUGAUCUGUGUGCCGGAUUGAUUGGGGGUCUUGGAGUCACUCCCAGUGGAAACAUCGGAGCAAAUGGUGUCGCCAUAUUUGAAUCCGUACACGGAACUGCCCCCGACAUCGCAGGCAAAGACCUGGCGAACCCCACCGCCCUUUUACUGAGUGCCGUCAUGAUGCUGCGCCACAUGGGACUGCAUGGGUAUGCUAAUAAGAUUGAGACGGCCUGCUUCGACACCAUACGGGAAAAAAAGGUUCUGACUAAAGACCUCGGUGGAAACUCUAAGUGCUCAGAGUUCACAGCUGACAUCUGCCGAAGAGUGCAGGACAUGGAUUGAGGCUUUUCUAGUGUGUAUGUUUGGAUCUGAUGCCUAAAGAACUGACAGUCAAAAAAAAAAAAAUCUUCGUAUCAUUCUAAUAUAUGCGCACAAUUCUACUAAGUGUCUGCAUUUUCAUUUCUCCAGAACCGCAAAGCACUGUCUUAAAUUCUUGUCCUUAAGUGAUUGUAUUUGUGAGCUGUUUUAAUCUGUCAAAAAGGAACUACAUAAUCCAAGAUAAAAUGUAUUUAUUGACUGGACACUUUCUCUGGUUUGAUGUGUUUUGAAAAUUUGCCAUUCUGUCAUAUGACAGGAAUAAUCUUGUCCAAAUAGUAGAGGCGUAAAUACAUAAAGGGUAUUUUGAAUUAUUAUUAUUAUUAUUUUUUUGCUUCAAAGUGUGGUAAAUCCGUUAAAACCGUGAAUAUAUGUUUCACAUUUUUAUGCUUAAGCUUUUACAUCAGCUAUGAACUUUGCAUUAUGGUUAACAAUUAAUAUAAUUCAAACAGUUCUUGACCUUUGCUGUGUCAAUUGUGAAAUGACUGUACUAUCAAGACAUGACUUUGGAUGGAUAUAUGUACGUCUAUUUUUAUGGACAAAACAACUCAUGUCUUUAUUUUUACAGAGCACUAUUAUAAGAUCAUUAUAGUAAUACUGCAUAAUCUAACAUUACCAAAUACAGUAAAUCCAUAGACAAAGCGGCAAAGCACAAGAUUUAUUUUUAAGAUCUGGGCAAAACAUACAAGAAUAUUAAACGUAUCCAAUUUACAUGGAAGACAAUUAACAGUAUGUUUAAUGAUAGAAAUAAAAAAAAAUUAUGGCACUUAGUGUUUUUAGAUUU